AUGACAAGUUUACAAAAUACAGGAAAAUUUCGACCAUUUAGAACAUAUGCAAACAACAAACAAAAUCGAGAAGGAAAUCCAUCAGGAGAGGCUUCAGGUGGUAGGUUGAAUCAAGUUAAUGAAAAUAUAAGAGUAGAUGGUUUGUAUGGAUUUCACAGAGUAACUGAUGUAAAGGAAAGAACUGGAUUUCUUAUCAAUAUGCACAUGACAGAAAUUACAGAAGAUGAUAAAAGAUUACAAAGUGGUAUAGAUUAUUACUUUUUAGAAGAAGACUGUAAUAGAUUUAAGAUCUCUUAUCCCUACAAUCCAUAUUUUUAUAUUUUAUGCAAAAAGAAUACACAUGAAGAAGUAUCUACUGGCUUAAAUAAAAAAUAUACUGAACUUAUACAAAAAAUAGAGACUGUCUAUAAAGAAGAUCUUGAUUUGCCAAAUCAUUUAAUUGGUUUAAAACAAAAAUAUUUAAAACUUACCUUUAUAAAUACUGUGGAUUUAACCAAAGUCAGGCGUGAUAUUAUGAAGGCUGUAAAGUUAAACAAAGAACGCGAAAAAAGUCAUACUUAUUACACAGACAUGUUAUCAAAUGUAUUAAAUUCAGAUGAGGGCACAGAAGAUCAUAAAAAGCAAAAUAUAAAUUUUACAGAUAAUAUCAUUGAUAUUAGAGAAUAUGAUGUGCCACAUCAUGUACGUGCUUCUAUAGAUAUGAAAAUUUGUUGUGGUAAUUGGUACUCGGUGAAAACAAGAGGAAAUGAUGUACCAAUUAUUACAAAAAGAGAUGAUAUUGUUGAACCACCUGAUCCAAUUGUAUUAGCAUAUGAUAUUGAAACUACAAAAUUACCUUUGAAAUUUCCAGAUGCUAAUACUGAUCAAAUUAUGAUGAUAUCAUAUAUGAUUGAUGGACAAGGAUAUUUAAUAACAAACAGAGAAAUAAUUUCAUCCGACAUCGAAGAUUUUGAGUAUACACCAAAACCGGAAUUUGAAGGAUUUUUUACAGUUUUUAACGAACCCAAUGAAAAAGCCGCAAUAAAAAAGUUUUUCGAUCAUAUAAACGAUAUUCGACCACAUAUAUUCGUAACGUAUAAUGGUGAUUUUUUCGAUUGGCCAUUUGUAGAAACUAGAGCAGCUUUUCAUAAUAUGGAUAUGAAAGAUAGAAUUGGAUUUUCUAAAAAUCGAGAUGGAGUUUAUACUAGUAGACCAGCUACACAUAUGGAUUGUUUAUGUUGGGUAAGACGCGAUUCUUACCUUCCUGUAGGCUCCCAAAAUUUGAAGGCUGUAGCAAAGGCAAAGCUAAGGUAUGAUCCAGUAGAACUGGAUCCUGAAGAUAUGUGUAGAUUAGCAUCUGAAGAGCCAGAGACUCUUGCAAACUAUUCAGUUUCAGAUGCAGUUGCUACAUAUUAUCUUUAUUACAAAUAUGUUCAUCCUUUUAUAUUUGCUCUGUGUACUAUUAUUCCUAUGGAGCCAGAUGAAAUACUUAGAAAGGGAACUGGUACAUUAUGUGAAUCUCUCUUAAUGGUCCAAGCUUACCAUGCUAAUAUUAUAUUUCCUAAUAAACAGGAGCAGGAAUUAAACAAGUUAACAAAAAAUGGUCACUUGUUGGACCAAGAAACAUAUGUAGGAGGACACGUUGAAGCUUUAGAAUCUGGUGUUUUCAGAGCUGAUAUUCCUUAUCGUUUUAAAAUUGUACCAAGUAUAAUAGAUGAAUUAAUAAAUGGUGUUACACAUACUUUAAAACAUGCUAUACAAGUAGAAGAGAAAGUACCAAUGGAAAUGGUAACAAAUUUUGAAGAAGUGGUUGAAGAAAUUACAGUAAAAUUGAUCGAUUUAAAAAAUCAACCAUUAAGAUUAGAAAAUCCUAUAAUUUAUCACCUAGAUGUUGGUGCCAUGUACCCAAAUAUUAUUUUAACUAAUCGACUUCAACCAUCCGCGAUGGUUGAUGAAACUAUUUGUGCCGCGUGCGAUUAUAACAAGCCGGGAGCACUUUGUCAAAGAAAUAUGCAAUGGAUGUGGAGAGGAGAUUAUUUUACUGCAAAUUUAAGUGAAUAUCAACGGAUGCAACAACAACUUGAAAAUGAAAAAUUUCCACCACAAUUCCCUGACGGUCCUCGCAGAGCAUUUCAUGAAUUAUCUAAAGAGGAACAAGCAUCAUAUGAGAAAAAACGACUCACGGAAUACUGUAAGAAAGCUUACAAGAAAGUUAAAAUUACCGGCAUGGAAGAAAGAACGCAAACGGUCUGUCAAAAAGAGAAUUCAUUUUAUGUUGAUACUGUGAGAGCAUUUAGGGAUAGGAGAUAUGAAUAUAAAGGGCUUACUAAAGUUGCGAAACAAGAAGUGGCAGCAGCUGUAGCAAAAGGAGACGCGGCUGAAAUUAAAUCUGCUAAAAGUCGAGAAAUACUGUAUGAUUCGUUACAACUUGCCCACAAAUGUAUUUUAAACUCUUUUUAUGGAUAUGUAAUGAGAAGGGGAUCUCGAUGGUUCAGUAUGGAAAUGGGUGGUAUAGUAUGUUACACAGGGGCACAUAUCAUUAUGAGAGCUAGAGAAAUUAUAGAACAAGUUGGACGUCCUUUGGAAUUAGAUACAGAUGGAAUUUGGUGUAUUUUGCCGGCAUCUUUUCCUGAUAACGUGGUCGUUCAUACAACUCAUCCAAAUAAAAAAAAGCUUGCAAUAUCAUACCCAAAUGCUGUUCUUAAUUUCAUGGUGAAGGAUCAAUUUACUAAUAAUGUAUAUCACGAACUUGUUGAUCCUGAAAAUUUUACAUAUGAAAUUAGAAGCGAAAAUUCUAUAUUUUUUGAAGUAGAUGGUCCUUAUUUAGCUAUGAUAUUGCCAGCUGCAAAAGAAGAAGGAAAAAAGUUAAAGAAACGAUAUGCAGUCUUUAACUUUGAUGGUUCUUUAGCUGAGUUGAAAGGUUUUGAAGUAAAACGAAGAGGUGAACUUCAGUUGAUAAAAGUUUUCCAAACUUCCGUUUUUGAAUCUUUUUUGAAAGGUAAUACAUUAGAAGAAUGUUAUGCAUCAGUAGCUAAAGAUGCGGAUUAUUGGCUUGAUAUACUUUACAGCAAAUGUGCAGAUAUGCCAGACUCGGAAUUAUUCGAUCUUAUAUCUGAAAAUAAAUCAAUGUCACGGAAAUUAGAGGAAUAUGGAAGUCAAAAAUCUACAUCCAUCUCCACUGCUAAACGAUUAGCUGAAUUCUUAGGUGAUCAAAUGGUUAAAGAUGCUGGCUUAGCAUGUAAAUUCAUCAUUGCUAAUAAACCUCAAGGUGCACCAGUAACGGAACGGGCAAUACCGUUAGCAAUAUUUCAAUCGGAACCAACAAUAAAAAGGUACUAUUUACGUAAAUGGUUAAAGGAUCCUGGCUUACAAAGUGAUGAUAUACGCAGCAUUUUAGAUUGGAGUUAUUACAUUGAAAGACUUGGAAAUGCUAUUCAAAAAAUUAUUACAAUUCCAGCAGCAAUGCAAGGGCUGGCCAAUCCAGUUCCUAGAGUAAAACAUCCUGACUGGUUGCACAAAAGAAUAAUAGAAAAGGGUACAACACAUACACAAAAAAAGAUUACAGAUAUGUUUACCGUAGUACCUAAACAUAAAGACACUGAUAAUAAUGAUGACAGUUUAGAAUCAUCCGAUACAUGCGAUGUAGAAGAUAUCGCGAAAGAUGCGUCUACAUUUAAGCAGCCAUUACCGAUCGUUAACAAAAGAAAACGUCAGCGUUUAGAAGAAAAUGAAGAAGAAAAUGCAAAUAAAAGUUGGAAAGAAGUUUUAGGUUCGCCACCACCUAGGGGAACAACAAAGGAAGAAAGACUAAAAUGGUUGGAAUUUCAUAAGCAGAAGUGGGCUUAUCAAGCUAAACAAAGGGCCGAAUAUCAAAAGAACAAAAAGAGUAAAUGUUCUGAUAACAAUUCAAAUCGGGGUGUUAUAAGAAAGACUAACACAUCCACGUUAGGCGGUUUUUUGAGACAAGCUCAAAGAAAGUUAUUUAUGACACCAUGGCAAAUUAUUCAGAUAUCAUCAACAAACGAGCCUGGUUUAUACCGUUUAUGGGUAUUAGUUGAUAGAGAGCUUCAUCAAUUACGUCUUGUGAUACCUCGUAUAUUUUAUGUGAAUACUCGUAAACCUAAAUCUGAUCCAGAACCAGGUAAAAAGGUAUCAUGGAAGAAAAGCAUGAAAGUUCUUCCGCGAGCUCGGCCUGUGUAUAACUUAUAUCAAUAUUCUGUGCCAGAAACACUGUAUCAAAAACACAGUCAAGAACUUUUAGAGGAUUUGAGUAAACCAGAAAUUGAAGGAAUUUAUGAAACUCAAAUGUCAUUGGAGUUCAGAGCUAUCCUUCAAUUAGGUUGCAUUUGUAUAGUUGAUCCCAAAGCAGCACGCACUAUGACAGAUGGUGCAGACACGUUCACCUUAGAUCAGUUAGAGUUUAAGAGUAUUGCUGUGCAACCAUAUCUGAAAAAUCUUCAUGAAAUCAAUUAUAUCUUCUUGUAUCAUCAUUGGAGUUCCAACCAUCAAAGAGCUUUAUGGGGACUAUUUCUAAAUACUAGUAAGAGAGCUCACAUAUUCGUUUUGGAUUCAGUUUCAUCAAAUCAAAUGCCUAAUAUGAAUACAUUGUAUACCCAAGAACGGAAUAUAGUUGAGUCUAUGAAUGGUUCGGAAAAAGUAAAAUUUUUACCAAAAUCGAUGUACUUCGAAUUAAGAUUCGAAACAAAUUUUCAACAAGUUUGCCGUAUAUUACAAGCAGCUAUAACUGCAUAUAAAAAUGAAGGACAUGGUGCAACAAUAAUUAUUUUUCAAACAGCUUUGGAUAAAGCAGCAUUAGUAAGUCAGAUGCCAUUACUUAAUGACUUUCCUCUUAUUAAUACACAUGUACAAGAUAUUGAAAAUUUAUAUAACACAUUGGAAUGGCAGAAAGUUGGUGCAAAAAUAAUGAUACGUCAUUAUUUUAAGAGCCAACAGAUUUUUGAAUUAAUGUCAGAGCAAUGUAGAUUCUUUCAUGCUCCAAUUGGAAAUAUCCCUGCAGAUCCUAUUAUGUUUGGAGCAGACUUAUUUUACGCUAGGCAUUUGCAAAAAAAUAACUUUGUCUUAUGGUGUUCUCCAACAGAGAAACCUGACUUAGGUGGUAGUGAAAAUGAUGAUAACAGAUUAUUGACGGAUUUUGAAGAAAGUUCACAUUGCGCUGCAAAUAAUCCUGGAACUUAUUCUAGUGUCUGUAUUGAAUUAGAGGUAGAUAAUUUAGCAGUAAAUACAUUAUUACAGUAUCACCAUAUUCACGAUAUCGAUGGUACUAGUAAUUUUGUUGCAUUUCAUAAUCAGCAACAAACAUCUGUACAUGAUAUGGCAGUAGGUGAUUCUAUGACAAAUAUGAUUCCCAGUUACGACGAAACUGCCCUUUGCAGUUCUGCUUUUAAAUCAUUGCGAAGUAUGGUCAAUGCAUGGCUACUAGAUGUAUCAAUUUAUAAAAAUAUAUUUGCAGACUAUCAAAUCAUUCAUUUUUACAGAUGGUUACGUUCAAGUAAUGCUUUACUUUACGAUCCUGCUUUAAGAAGAACUUUACACACCUAUAUGAAAAAAUUAUUUAUACAAUUAUUAGCAGAAUUUAAAACCUUGGGAUCUAUAAUAGUUCUUGCAAAUUUUAAUAAAAUCAUUGUAUGUACUAAAAAAAGAACAGUGUCUGAUGCAUUAGGCUAUAUGGAAUUUGUUGUUCAAACAAUACGCAAUAAAGAAAUCUUUCAUAGUAUUGAAAUAACUUUUGAACAGUGUUGGGAAUAUUUAAUAUGGCUCGACAUGCAUAAUUUUUCCGGUGUAAGAGGAAAAUUACCGAAAGAAAUGCAAGAGGAUGCUGAAAAUAAAACUGUUGGUGAUGAAAACGUUGAGGAAGAAGACGAAGAUGAGAAUACACCUGAAAUAACAAUGAAUUGGAAUUUAAUGGAAUGUCUUCCUCAAGAAGCUGCUUGUCGGUCGAGUUUUACCGCUAUAAUAGCGGGAUAUAUUAAUGCUAUUUAUCAGUUUAUGUGUGAAAAUGAACUGAAUACUACUAUAAAACCUAAAAGACGAUCGAAUAGUCAAAGUUUAUCUGCACAACUUGGAUUAGGAUCCCUCGAGAAUACCGCAGAUUUUGCUAAAAAGCUUAUCUCAGGAGAUAUGUCUCAGAAACUGUUCCAAAUUGUGCAAAAGAUACAUAAAAAAGUCCCAGAAAAAACAUUAACAAUUGAAGAAUAUCCAAAUUUGGAUUUAGAUGGUAAAGAUAGUAAGAAAAUUAAUCCUGCAUUAGAACUAAUUAAAGCAGUUUGUAAGGUUUUAUCUUUGGAUAAAGAAGUUGAAAGUGAAGUGUACCAUUUACAAACAAACAUGUUAAGAUUAAUUAAAAUCGGUUCGUUUAGUGAUCUAGUUGAAUGGAAAGAUCCAUGUAUAUCUUUAAUUUUACCUGAAAUCAUUUGCAAAGCUUGUAAUCACACAAGGGAUAUCGAUCUUUGUAAAGACAAUUUUUGUGUUAUGGAAGAGAACAGGUAUAUAUGGAAAUGUCCUCUGUGCAAAACGACUUAUGAUAAUGAAGAAAUAGAGUUCUUUUUAAUAGAUGUGUUAAAUCGUAAAAGUAUGGGCUAUAUAUUACAAGAUUUGCAAUGUUGUAAAUGUAAAAAAAUUAAGAGGGAAAAUAUGAAUGAACUUUGUUCUUGUUCUGGUAACUUUAAAACUCUGAUGUCUAAAGAUGAAAUAAUAAAAAUUAUGAAGAUCUGUAAAUCUGUUGCUAGAAAAUGCAACAUGAAAACAUUAAUGGAAAUAGUUCAGAAUACAAAACUUCUUACAGAUUCAAAAUAA